CUCACAUUGGAUUUGGAAGGGUUGACCCGCAAAAACCAGUGAUUGUUGCCCCUCCAUUCACUAGUCUCAUUAGGUAGUUCACUGCCACUUGCUACUUGCGGCCUUUCUCGUCCCUCUCUCUUUUUCUACUACAAAUUGGAAUCCGCCCACCAACAACAACAACGUCAAUUCCAUCUUUUUACAUAUCACCACCGCGUUUUCGCAACCACAACAUCGUUCUCUGUUUAUCGCAGCAGCCAGCUUUUAUUCUUCAACAACAUCCCUCACCAAUACAAGCGAGGCUACUAGCACAGUCGUCGGUCGCUUCAUUCCGAGUUCAUCUCCACGAACCCUUUUCCCCAAGUCACCCCGUAAACUCGAGUUUAUGUCAAUCGAAAACCUCAAGACCUAUGACCCCUUCGCCGAAGCCGAUGAGGAUACAGGUGAAUCAAAGCAAGCCCAGAAUUAUAUCCAUAUCCGUAUCCAGCAGCGGAAUGGACGUAAAACCUUGACCACGGUUCAGGGUCUUCCGAAGAAAUUUGACCAGAAGAAAAUCCUGAAGGUCAUCAAGAAGAAGUUCGCCUGCAAUGGAACCAUCGUGAACGACACCGAGAUGGGUGAAGUCAUCCAGCUACAGGGCGACCAGCGCAAGGACGUUCAAGAGUUCCUCGUCGACAAGAAAGAGGGUCUGGAGCUUGAUCCUAAGACCAUUAAGGUCCACGGUUUCUAAGCCGACGAUGUCCAUAAGCCUACCGUAACGCCUAACAACCGAUCACGAUAUACGCAACCGGAUGGUCAGCCCUACGUGUGCCAAUGCCCUGGGCGAUUGUGGGGGACAGCCUUGAUAAGCUGUCUGUCGCAUCGUGCCGAGGGCUGGACCAUCGAUCGAGGCGUUUACGGAUUGGCUUGGACAUGAUACCCCUUGUUGACUUCUACAUGAGGCCUCUAUUUUUCGGGAUUGCUUGGGCAAGGCUGAAGCCGGCCCUGAGGAACUUGCUAAUCGAUGAUUUACACGGAGACGUGGUAUUAUGGAUGGCCUGGGCUUAUAAGGCACACUCGUUAUCAGUUCUGCGAUAGUAUUAUACUCUAUGAAUCAGAACAGUCUCCAGAAUUGUUGC